AUGAAGCAGUUCCUUGCAAAUGGGCAGGAGUAUUGCAUCAGGUGCAACACAUAUCGAUUGUUUAAAGUAUCCCGAUUUGGGUGUGUCUUUGCAUGUCGUUGUCCGGGAGAGUUUAUUGACUUCCAAAGAGUUCUACGAGAUUACGUGGCGAGGAUUGCGGUUGAAGAGAGGCAAGAUGAUUUUGUCCCUGUCAUCUCCGGACGUGUCUCGACAGAGCACAUGAAGAUUGCUGAGGUUGAAUUGGAUUUGAGAAAUGAGUGUGUUUGCUUGCGAAUCAUGAACACAACUACGGAGGAUGCUCUUCAAGUUGUGAGAGGGCUACCAUACAGCUUGGGCGAGUGGACCACAACGGCAGAUGGAUACUUCCGGUUCCCGAUAGACAGUCUCGAUGUACUGUUGCACGAGCUGCAGCUAUUAUCGGGGGUUAAUGGUGCUGAUCGUUUAUACGUAAACGCACCCUCCAAGCGUUGCCGUGAAAUGAUCUCGGUUUCAGAAACUGCCAUGCCUUUAUGUUUGGCCGAUCUCUUACCAGCGCGACUCUUCUCCGCCUUGCAUCAACACCAGAUCGAUGGAAUUUGUAAGGCUCUGAAAUUCAAUGGGCGUGCUCUCUUUGCUGAUGAGAUGGGGGUAGGCAAAACACUUCAAGCGAUUGGUACUGUGGCAGCAUUAAAGGCUUUUCCACUUCUUAUCGUUUGCCCAGCUGCCUUGCGACAUUUGUGGGUGGAGGAAGUGGAGAAGUGGCUCAUGGACCUUCUUGAGCUAAAUGACAUUCACGUCAUAAGUUCUUCAAGUAACUUUCUUUCUGCACACGACACGCCUAAGGUGGUCAUCACAAGUUUUCACAUGGCCUCUAUACUUGCUUUGCAAAUAAAAAGCCGUGAGUGGAGCUGUAUUGCCGUGGAUGAAAGCCAUGUCCUCCACACAACACUGGAAGCCUCCAGUGAUGCUCAAUACACAUCACUAUUGUGCGACAUUGGGAGGCGCACAAAGCAUUGCUUACUUCUUAGUGGAACUCCCUCAUUGACAUCACCGUUUGAUCUUUAUAACCAGAUCGAUACACUCUGCUGUGGUCUGCUUGGGGAAACCAGGUAUGAAUUCGCCCUUCGGUACUGUAGAACAGAACUAACACCCUAUUUUAAAGUUUGCGAGUGCAUUCGAAACGUCGAAUUAUAUUCCCUACUCGCAACGACUUGCAUGAUUCGUCGUCUAAAAUCUGAGACGCUGAUUGAUUUGCCUUCCAAGCAACGGAUCCUUCUCCGUGUGCCUGAGACAGCAGCACAUGCCCGGCAGAAAGGUGCGUUGUUUCAAGAAGAAUACUCGGCCAGCUGGACGAGAAAGCGGGAAAAAAUUCUUGAGGUAGUUGAUUUUGCUUUGAGUAAGUAUAAAAAAAUUGUUCUGUUUGCACAUCACAUCGAUCUACUGGAUUGCCUGACGGCUCAUGUUAACGAAAAGAAGAUUACUUGGAUGCGUAUAGAUGGCAGCACUCCUGUAACGCUGAGGACGACAUCAUUGUCAUGGUUCAAUAAAGGUGAUGUCCAAGUGGCAAUCAUUGGCAUCACUGCCUGUGCCGUUGGCAUACAAUUAACGGCUGCACCCUGUGCACUGUUUGCGGAGCUGCCACCCAACAUCACAUGGUUGCAGCAAGCAGAAGAUCGACUUCACCGUCCAGGGCAGGAGAGGCACGUUGUUUUCUUCUACAUCAUAGGAGCCGGCUCUUUUUUCGAUGGAGAGCACUUUGCACGCCUUUGCCGCUCGUUUCAAGUGGUUCGGCAGACCACCGAUGGGGUGCCGUCGUCACUAACCGCGAGCUACACAAGUCGCGUCGCAUCUCCCGGUUAUGUGGUGGACGCAAGCCUCAUCCCGAUGAAAUGCAAAGGCGUCUCUUUCAAUCCCGCGAACUCAGCGCCGCUUCAGUUCCGUAUAAGUCACAACACUGGGCGCAUUCACGUGGUCCAGGGGAACCGAUAUCUUCUUAGUCUGUCGCUUGAUGAAGCGCAACAGCACUGGAGUUGUACCCAUGAUUUCUCACGACAAGUGAAGGAAUACCUGUUGAAUGUGGAGCUGCUUUCUCCGGUUGAGCAGCGCAAACUCAAAAUGGCUGCUGUUUGGCUUCCUUCUAAUUUUUCUUGGAGAUCUGAAAAAGCACCGCAAAAAACUAACCGUCGCUACAACCAUGAACGUCCACUGAUGGGCAGGAUAUUUUUCUGGAAAGUUAACCGGCGAAACCAUCCUACACAUACGUAUGGGGCCAAAUUGCUUGCGUCAGGAAAUCAUUAUACGCCGCUGUGUUUGGAGUGUGAACGUCGCUUGUCCUAUUAUGCGUCCAUAUCCCCAGGUACAGUUGUACAUAUUGAGAACGAUACAGAUAUGUUCUGUAGUGGUGCUUGUCGUGCAGCGUUUUACAUCAAACGUUCAGGAUCUGCUGUUCGAAGAAGUGUUCGGGAGGCAGACAAGGGUAUUUGUUCGCGCUGUCAAGUGGAUUGUGAGACGCUCUGUGCAUUGGUUGCUGUCGCGACAACACGGAGGGAUAGAGAAUGUGUUAUUGAUCGGAUGCACCCCCAUAUGCGGCAUUACCCGAACCUCUUUAACAGACUCGUCGAGAAUCCAGUUCCUGGAAACGUCUGGAAUGCGGAUCAUAUUCUUCCUGUGAGUCAGGGCGGGGGGCAGGCAAAUAUGGAUAACUUGCAAACGUUGUGUGUGGCAUGUCAUGCAGACAAGACGAUGGCUGAGUCGAGAACGGGACAUAAGUACGCUUCUAAAAUCUUUUACUGUACCACAGUGGAUAUGUCAAGCAAUCACUUUGUCUUCAAAGCCGCACGGCGAGUGACCGUAUCGCGCAGUUCAGCCAGAGAAGAGCUGGUUUCUUAUUACACUUGA